AUGAAGCAAGACGAAGAAGAGGCAUAUCCUACUACUUUGUCACAUCAAAUAAAGUUCGGGAAGAAAACCCACCCUGAGUGUGCUCGAUUCUCACCCGAUGGCCAGUACCUUGUUUCAUGCUCAGUGGAUGGAAUCAUCGAAGUCUGGCAUUAUGUCAGCGGCAAGCUGAAAAAGGAUCUUCAAUAUCAAGCCGAUGAAAGCUUUAUGAUGCACGAGGAUGCUCUGCUCUGUGUUGAUUUUAGUAGAGAUUCUGAGAUGCUGGCAUCUGGAUCACAGGAUAGAAAAAUUAAGGUUUGGCGUAUACGAACUGGCCAGUGCUUGCGACACCUCGAGCGUUCACACGCAAAGGUGUUACAAGUGUUACAUUUUCACGUGAUGGAACUCAGAUACUGA